CAAGAAGUCGUCUGCGAUUGACAUUUCAUGCUGUCCUUCCUUGUUUUAAAAUAGGGCGAAUUAUAGUACGCGAUUUAUGACAGAAAUUCCGCGACUGAGACUGAACUUCUAGCAUUAGAAGAAAGAUCUUUAAAAGGGAGGACUUUAGUCUCUAAAUAGGCCUACAAGGUGUUGGUAAUUCUGGAAAUUGUUGAAGAUGGCGUCGCGUGGGCGGUCAGAGACGACCAAGCUGAAGCAGAACAUGGAAGAGCAACUAGAUCGCUUGGUAGCUCAGCUGGCUGAUCUUGAAGAAGCGAGGGAAGACAUGGAUGACGACGAGUACGAAGAAACAAAGCAAGACACGUUAGAACAGCUACAAGACUUCAAGGAGUCCCUCACUAAAAUGAUGGCCGGAAACAUGACGCUGGUCGAUGAGCUCAAUGGAAUGCAGAUUGCAAUUCAAGCAGCAAUCAGUCAGGCCUUCAAGACCCCUGAGGUGAUCCGAAUGUUUGCCAAGAAGCAACCAGGACAGCUGAGACAGAGAUUAGCUGAGGUGGAGAGGGAUGGUAAAGUACAGAAGCUAUCGCAAGACAGCUACACACAACAGAAAGUAGAGAUUCUAUCAGCACUAAGGAAGCUAGGCGAGAAGUUGACACCACAAGAAGUUGAGUUUCUUGCCACCAACUCCAGUCAAGCCCUCAAUGAAUUUGAAAAAGUCACGGGGAGUAUUGGUUCAGGGGAUAAGCUUUUAGAAGUUGCUGGUUCUCAAGUUCAACAAGCAAGCAAGUGAUUAACUGGUCCUCUAGCUUUAACCACCACCAUCGUCUGGCACCAAGGAGAAUACGGCCAACAUCCUGCCUGGACUAUUGCUAACUUAUUAUGGCAACCUGACUGUUUUGGACCUGAGCCUCGAUAUGAAGUCAGUUUAGAAAGUCCAAAAUGGCCGCUGUAUUAUGGCCGCGAUGUUUGCCUUGCCCUUUUAACUCGCCACCUUCAGUGGCUAUCUUCCUCUUUAUUUAUCACUGCCUUUACUGAAAAGUUUUGAAAACUCUGAAACAAAAAAUAGCACAAAUGAAACAUCAGGGCUAGGAAGCUCAGUUGGUAGAGCACUGGCACACUGAUAUGGAGAUUGCGGGUUAAAGUCCCACUCUAGUUAAAAAACUUUUUGUUCAACCCAAAAUGAAUUUUGAAUGAUAUGUGUGAUAAUUGGGUCUCAAAAUUCAU